CCCACUACAGUACAGCAGAAGCUACCGACCCAGCAAUGCCAUGGCCCUGGCCAUGGCUGCUGGUGGGUCUCGUCGAACAGAGCGCAGCUGAACAUGGCGCGCUGUGCCCUGACACAAGGGCGUCGGUGCCACCCAGCAGCAUCUUAGAGGAACAGCUCUGGCGCGAGGUGGACAACCUGCUGGAGCGGACCUAUGAUUGGCGCUACAGCGGUGCCUGGGCGCGAGCUGGGGAAACGCCGUUCGUGAGGAAGACCAAUGAAGAGUCUUUGCUCUUUUGUCUGACACAAGGAGGUCCGCAGAGAUAUUUUGUCUGGGGCUAUUGCAUUGGCCUGGCGGAGGAUCAGGUCGUGAAGGACGCCCAGGCACGCGUUGUGGGGCCCAAUGAGACCCUCCAAGCGCACACCUACGGCGAGGUGACCUCCAACGGAGUGCGGCAGCUGGUGCAGUUCCUGGGCUUGACCCACGCUGGCGAGCCGGCUGCCUUCCUGGACUUGGGUGGUGGUGUCGGCAAGAUGGUCCUCCAGACCUACUUAGAGGUGCCCAGGGUGACGCGCUCGUUGGCCGUGGAGCUGCACCCCACACGCGCGAAGCGCGGCAAGGAGGCGCUGGAGACGAUGAUCCGCUUUGGGGAGCUCCAAGAGCUGCGACAGAAGUCUCUGCAGAGCGCCUUGCUGAGCUCCAGCACGCAGGCGUCAGUGGCCUUGGCGCAGCUUCGGCACCAACGCCGGCGCGACGUCCAGUUACUGGAGGCGGACAUGUUUGAGGUGGACGUGAGCGAAUUCACUCAUAUCUACCUGGCCUCGCUGACCUGGGGCGCCCCGAUGAUCCGCCGGGUGAGCCAAAAGCUCCACUCUGAGGCACGAAGCGCGCGGGUGGUGGCGGCCCUGUCGCGGCUCGAGGGUUUGGACGGCUUCGUUGAAGAGGAGUUCAACCUCCAAACGAGCUGGACGACUCGGAGUGCGACCGGCUCACGCUUGUUCGUCUACACGAGGAGUGGUUCCUGAGCUACUGCGCUCAGCCACACUGUGGGCGGAAGAAAAGGAACUGCAAGCUGCGCGUGG